ACUAAACUAAAUCGCUAUCAUCAUGGUUGAGCAGUUUGUUGGAAACUGGAAACUGACCACCAGCGAGAACUUCGAUGAGUACAUGAAGGCAAUUGGUGUGGGUUUUGCCACUCGGCAAAUGGGCAACAUGGUGAAGCCUAACCUGGUGGUCAGCGUGGAUGAUGCCGGGAUCAUUUCAAUGAAGUCUGUGAGUACUUUCAAGACCACAGAGAUCAAGUUUAAACUCAACGAGGAAUUCGAAGAGAUGACCGUAGACGACAGAAAGACCAAGAGCAUCUUCACUUUUGAAAAUGGCAAACUUGUGCAAAAGCAGAUGUGGGAUGGAAAGACAACAUCACUUGAGCGAGAGAUUCAGGAUGGAAAACUAACAGCUAAGUGUAUCAUGGAUGAUGUUGUUGCAGUGAGGACCUAUGAGAAGGAGGCUUGAAUCCUGUCUGUAGACAUCAAAGUGUAAAAUAAAGCUUGAACUCUUCCAGUAAGACACCAAAUGCACUGAGCUAUUGCCAAACAUGUCAAUAAAGACUGAAUUGUGAG